AGAGCUAUGAAUCAUGGGAAUUGUAGUUCAAGUCAUGGCAUGUCUCUGCGCAUUCAGCAGAAGCUACACAGACCUCUCCUGUAAUUUCCAUCCCAGCAUGCGCAACUGAUGAACACAUAUGGCGGAGAGCUAUGACUGAGGAUUUUGAUGAAGAAGUUGUGUUCGAGAACUCUCCGCUGUUCCAGUACUUGCAGGAUCUAGGACACACAGAUUUUGAGGCAUGUUCUCCUGUUUCUCAGGAGGAGGAGUCCAGCGCUGGUGGAGAGGAGGCACCGUUUCCUCAGGAUAUCCUCCCGUCUCACAAAAAGGGUGGUGUUUGGAGGCUGGUUGAUGCUCUGCGCAGUCUGAGUCCUCUGCAUCGAGACAGCGCCACCCGUUGGCAGGAGCAGCAGCUGGACGCUGCCUUCCGCCAGUAUUCUCUGCGCUGUCUGUUGUCUCAGGAUGUGCUGUUGCAGGAGGACGUCGAGCUGAUCGAGCUUCUGGAUCCGAGUGUGCUCUCUCUGGGCUCCACUGAUACUGUCUGCCCCAGUGCCAGCACUGCUGUCCCAGCGCCAUGCUACCUCUCGCCUCCCUCUCUAUGGGAUGUGUCCGUUUUGGUCGGGCUGCUAGCCGUCCUGCUGGGCCUACGCUUUUCGUACCCUGACCACGAGCUGGCUCUGUGGUUGUGUGCCAUCCUGGUGUGUGUUAUGUGUGCCUGUCGCGGUCUGUCUCUAUGGCACAAGGCGGUUCUUCAGCGCCACGUCCAGUCUCUGGCCGUCCAGCUGGAGGGUUUGGUGAACAACAGCCGAGCGCUGACCAGUCUCUCUCGCAAAUCUCUGCGUCUCAUGCAGGAGACAGAGGUCAUCUCACGAGGAUUCACACUGGCGAGUGGCGCCUGUCCCUUCAACAGGGCGGGGCAACUUCGGAGUCAGCAGCUGAUUGGUCUACGGAAAGCAGCCUAUCAGAGUCUUCGCUGCGCGUUCCGAGCCUCCCGCCUCGCCACAUGCAUCAUGCUCAAAUCAUUUCCACUGAACUCAGAGAUUGACAAUGUCACCAACUACGUGUCCACCGUGCCGAUCAGAGAGCUUGGUCUCGGUCUGGGGGUGGAGCAUCUUACUGAUGAGCAAGCACAAGAACUGACCAAUGAUUACAGCCUGCCUGCACUCAAGACGUUGUUCCAGCUGUGGGUCGGGCAGAGCUCAGAGUUUUUCCGGCGAUUGGCUCUGCUGCUGUCUCCGGGGAGGGAGGAGCUAGACUCUAGGCCCCGCCCCCUCACGUACAGCAGCGUCCCUUUGAUUACUGACUCCCUCCAUCGCACCCUAGCCAGUUGCCUUGGUGAUCUUCAGCGCAGCUUCGAUUUCCACCGCUACUUCGAGACGCAGCACCAGUCGCUCCCCGCGGGAAGAAACGGACGGGCUCAACAGAAGUGUAGAGAGCUCAAUUCUCUGCACACGUCUGUCCGGAGUUUACAACUUCACCUGAAAACACUCCUAAACGAGGUCAUAAUUCUGGAGGAUGAUUUGGAAAAGUUAAUGGUUGCGAAAGAGACGGAGGAGAUGACGUGCGCGGGAUAUCAGGAGCUGAGAGAGCGUCUGCAGCUGCUGCAGCCACACAUGCAGGCCAGCACCUGCUGCUGGGACGACACACUCGCGCAGGUCGACCGCAUGCUACGACGGGUCUCCAGCCCCCCAGAGAGUUCAGAUCAGCCAGAGGAAACAGAUGCCCCAGAUCUCCCUCCUGCCGCCCCCAUUACACACAUACAGGACAGAGACCCUGUCCCUGAGGAACAGGAACUGGAAGCAUACGUCUCGGACUCGGACUCUGAGACGGAGUGGAGAGGGGCGGUGGACAUGCUGUCGCCAUGGGAACAGGAACGCCAACGUCAUGAACGCGAGGAGUCGAGACGCGUUUUACUCGAGCUGAAAUCCGUCCUGGGAAUCCGAACGUCAGAUGGAGAGAGAGACAAGCGCAAGCUUCUGCUGUUCAGUGAUCAGGCUGCUCUGGCUCCGUUUGCUAAGGACACAUCAGAAACGGACACAGACUCUUUAGAGCCGCAUGUUUCAGUGGAGUCCAUGACUACCACAGGCAACCACGUCUCCCAACAAGGAGAGGAGAAUGAAAGCGAGCCGCAGACUGAAAUUCUGAGUGGGACGGAAGAAGGAGAGAAAGAUUCUGUGACUGAGUUUUGCUGUGGAGAUUCUGAUGUAACUGGGGCAGCUAAAGACGCCAGUGAGGAAACGGCAGAGGAAACGCAUCUCUUCCAAUCAGACGGACUCGUAGACGACGAGCAUGAUGGGACACACCCACUCACACCCCGAGUGCCCACCCUCUCUGUGAUCGACAGAUUGACUGAACUGCAUGGCUCGCAAGCGAUCAGUUUCAGCUCCGCACUGGCCGCCCAGGUUGCAGCUCGCUCGCAUACGUUCACACACAUGCAGGAAUGCACCUACGGGGACUCGGAGGAGGAAGGGGAAGUGACAUCACAGCAGACGAGAGAAACCGAGGAGGACUGAACAAGGAGGAUAUUUAUUGUCAUCUUUUUGUUCGUAUUUAUUGAGCUUGAUUUCAGGUCACAGACAUCAUUGGAUGUAACUGGUGUGUGUGCGUCUCUGUUUUAGAGUGUGUAUAUUUGUUUGUGUGUGUGUGUGUUGAGGAUUUUAUGUUCCAUGUGACACCCCAUGUCCACUCUCCUCAUGACAGGGCUCAGGUACAGACUGGCACACGCUAGUACUCAAAAUAACAGAAUAAAAACUUUAACGCACACUAACAUAAACUCAUAAAUGUGGAAAACUACAUGUCCUUGGCCGUCCCAGUUUUACUCACUGUAACAGAGGUCCCACACAAAAUAACCACAAGUUCUUAAAAUGCCUAAAAAGUCAGUUAUAUUGGGUCGUAACUGGCCAUCAAGAACAUGUCUGGGUCAUAUUUGACCCCAAAAUUACAGAAAGAAAAA